GCCGGAUUAAGUGAACAGUUUGAGAGAAAGGAAGGUAAUGCUUUUUGUCAUCUUGAAGUAAACCUCUAGAAGGUUGCUGGAAAUCAGGCCAAGAUGACCAAGACUGAAGAAGUGCCGGACAGCCAUACAUCUGGGGAAUUUUAUGAGAAAUAUGAGCCAAAGGAAAUCCUGGGAAGGGGAGUGAGCAGCGUUGUCCGGCGCUGCAUUCAUAAAGUUACAAGAGAAGAAUAUGCAGUGAAAAUCAUAGAUAUCACAGCUGGGAAUCUGUCUCCAGAAGAAGUCAAGGAGUUGAGGGAUGCCACUCUGAAAGAAAUUGACAUACUCCAGAAGGUGUCUGGACACCCAAACGUUAUCCAGCUGAAGGACAGCUUUGAAUCCAACACGUUCUUCUUCCUGGUGUUCGACCUAAUGAAGAGAGGGGAGCUUUUUGAUUACCUCACAGAGAAGGUGACCUUAAGUGAGAAGGAAACCAGGAAGAUCAUGCGUGCUCUCCUGGAAGUCAUCCAGUAUCUCCACAGCAUGAACAUUGUCCACAGGGAUCUCAAGCCAGAGAACAUCCUUCUGGACGAUGACAUGAACAUCAAACUGACCGACUUUGGCUUCUCCUGUCAGCUGCACAGAGACGAAAAGCUCAAAGAGAUCUGUGGAACUCCUGGCUACUUGGCUCCCGAAAUACUAGAAUGUUCCAUGGAUCCAGACCAUCCAGGUUAUGGGAAGGAAGUUGACAUGUGGAGCACCGGGGUCAUCAUGUACACCUUGCUGGCAGGAUCCCCUCCAUUCUGGCACCGGAAGCAGAUGCUGAUGCUGAGGAUGAUCAUGAAUGGGGACUACAAGUUCGGCUCACCAGAGUGGGACGAUCAGUCAGACACCGUCAAGGACCUGAUCGCCCACUUUUUGGUGGUGAAGCCACAACACCGCUACACCGUGGAAGACGCCCUCGCCCACCCCUUCUUCCAGCAGUACGUCGUGGAGGAGGUCCGGCAUUUCAGCCCCUUCCGGAAAUUCAGGGUCAUCUGCUUGACUGUCCUGGCAUCGGUCCGUAUCUACCUCAACUACCGCAACGUCAAGCCCAUCACCAGGGACGUGCUGCAACGGGACCCCUACAGCCUGAAGCCUGUCCGCAAACUGAUCGACGCUUGCGCCUUCCGGAUCUAUGGGCACUGGGUGAAGAAGGGUGAAGCCCAGAACCGGGCUGCUCUCUUUGAAAACACUCCCAAGGCCGUUCUGUUCAGCUUGGCAGCCGAGGAAGAGUUGUUCUGAGUUCUAGCACGCUCGGUGGUCAGGCGAAGCCUCCCAGCAUGUUAACAGCUAAAGCAAAACUUUAUUAUUUACUUU